AUGCUUACCCGCACAGUUGCGGCUGUUCUCGUUGGCGCCGCCGUUCUCGUGCUCGCCACUUAUUGCGGCGCAUUGGCUCCACCGCCUCAGUCUACAUUGGACGGCUACGCCCUUGAUGCCUGCACCCGUACCGCCAAGAACGCUGUUGCCGCUACACUGCGGUCGCCGCUAACCACAGUGACCAACCAGGCUGGAUUUGGCAUCGACGCGGCGAUAUUGGACGCGGACAAUGAUGGAUACCCCGAUAUUGCCACCGUCAACUACUUCAACGCCUCAGUCAUCAUCUACCGCCACUCUGCUGACAAUGCCAAUAUUAGCUUUAGUCUUGCUGGCUACAUUCCCUAUGGCGGCCUCACCGCCUUCCCGCCCUCGCUCCCGCUCGCCAUCCUGGCAACCGACGUCACCGGCGACGGUCUCGACGACCUCAUCAUCGGCGGUGCGUCGCCGUCGGUGCAGUUGCACAUCAAUCUCGGCGGUGCGUUUGCCCCCUCGACUGCCGUUGUCGAAAACGGCAUUGUCCGUCACAUGGUGUUUGGCGACGUUGACGGUGACGGCAUUGAUGACAUUGUCUUCACCCUCACUCCGUUCACUGCAGGCAACGAGACCGUUCACUGGGUCCGCCUCACCGGUACUAGUAUGGAGGCGACAGCCUCGCUUGUCGGCCUCAUUACGCCUGCGCCUCAGUUCGACUACUUUUACCCAUCUUACGCCACCGUCGCUGUCGCCGACCUCAAUGCUGACGGCCACCUCGACAUGGUCGCCUCGUCGCCGUACACUGACAAGAUUAUGACAUUUAUGACGAGCGGCACGCCCGGUGCCUUUCUCCCGCCCCGCCCGGUUGCAUUUGGCCUUCUCGAGCCGAUCCGCGUCAUUGCCCUCGACGUCAACGUCGACGGCCUGCCAGACUUUGCUGUCCUUGCCCGCACCCUCGGCCGCAUCGGCCAGACGCUGCAUCUCAACACGCCCGGCGCGCCAGGCACCUUUGACCCGCAGCCGACCAUCCUCGACUUUCCGCUUGCCGACUCGGGCGUCGGCCAAUGGUUCGAGGCCGGAGACGUCAAUGGCGACGGAAACCUCGACAUCGUGCUCUCAUCGGCCUCGCUCUCGGUCUCGCCGUCGUUUGAAGGUGCCGCCGCCGGCCGGCCGCCGGUCGUCUACGCCAACCCGUCGGUCGGCCUCUUUGAGCCGUACCGCACCAUCGUUGCCGACUUUAACGGCGACUCGGCCCCCGACAUCCUUGUCUCGACCUUUACGCUUGCCGUCCCCACCUUUGACUCGUGGCACAUUGUGUUUCAGGUCCCCGAUGCCGCUCAGUAUCCGGGUGUUACCCCGACCUUUGCCCCGCCCUCGUCGUUCAGCUCGCUCACGCCCGGAAACGCCAUCCGCCUCAUCAUCGACACCGAUGCCGCCGGCGUGCCGGACCUCCUCUACCGCGGAGUCGAAGACCCGUCGGUUGUCAUCUGCUUUGCUGACAACACCAAGUGUGUUGACGACAUUGUCGUCCUCCCGGCCUUUUCGCUCUCCCGCGGCAUCGCCGUAGGCGACGUCAACGCCGACGGCCUCGUUGACGCCGCGGCCUCGCUCGCCGUCCCUGCUGGCGUCCUUGGCCACCUCACGACCUGGGCUGAGAAUGCGCCCAACUCGGUGGAGCCCUUUUCCUUCCCGCCGCUCGAGUCUUACAUGUCGUUUGCCUUUAUUUGCUCCGAUCUCACCCUCACCGAUCUCGACGGCAGCGCAGACGCCGACUCGGCCCUCAACGACGUGCUCUGUGUCGACUCACGGAACACCACCACCCGCUUUGUGGCCAUCAUCUACAACCGCAAUCUCGCCCAGCCAGGAUACUUGAUGUUUGCUACCCAGCCGACCAUCCUCGCCCCGCUCUUCAACGACACUCUCUUUGCCCGCCCGCUCUCUGCCAACCCGGCCGCCGACUCAGCGACCGACGUCGCGUACAUCCGCGCCAACGGCGAGGUCUACCUCGCACUCGGCUCGCCUGUCGCGCCCUACGGAAUCAAUCCGCUGGCAUCUCUCGCGGCCUCGGGCUCUUCGCCGUUCUUCUCGGCUGCAGUCACAGCUUUUGACGUUGUCGAUCUCAACGGCGAUGCCAUCGACGACAUGCUCAUCACCUACGGCGGCGCAGGCUACGUCGCCUGGCACGCUAAUGUCGACGCUGCUGCACCCGCAUACAGUGGCAGCUCGUACCUGGUCUCGGCUCGACCGGGCCUGGUCGAUGCUGUCGUCGGCGACUGCAACCGCGACGGUCACGUCGACGUCGUCCUCUCGUUCACCACGUCGUCUUCGAUUGAGUGGCUCCGUGGCCUCGGCUCGGGAUCGUUUGCUUCGGCUGCGCCGCUCGUCCCGCUACCGGACAACUCGUUUGUUUCGGGAGGCAUCACCCUCGUCGACUACAACGUCGACGGUGCCCUUGACAUUGUCGCCUCGAACCUGCUCACCUCGUCGCUGCAGCUCCAUCUGCAGAACUCGCUCUGGUCGCGGAUGGACGUCAGCACCAGCAUCACUGUUCCUGUCGAGCGGUGCGGGUACACCAUCGACUGCAUCGGCCAGGCCCUCCUCACCGCCGGCACCUGCAACUCGGACACCAUCCUCCUCCCGCCAGGCACCUACCACAAUUGCUUCCGCUACAAGCCGUACUCGCUGACCAAGUUUGUCCAGCUCCGCCCGCUCAACGGCGUCCCCGGCUCGGUCGUCCUCGACUGCACCGCUCCGGUCUCGCCUGACGAGCGCUAUCUGUUUGCGGUCUCGGGCGGUGCCCGCGUCGUAUUUGAUGGCAUUCACAUCCGCGGCGCCCGCGUCGCGGUCGCCACCUCGACCUCGGGCGGCGCCGCGCUCUCGGCCUCGGGCGCCCGUACCUCCCUUAUCCUCCGCAACAUGGUCUUCUCCGACUGCCUCCACUCGGCGCCAAUCUCGCCGCUGGUGCUCCAGUCAGCCGGCGGCGCCGUCACCGUUCUCGCCGGCGCCUCCAUCCAGGCCAGCAACGUCACCUUUGAGCGCAACGUUGCGUCGUCGCUCGGCGGCGCGCUCGCCAUCAACGACGCGCUUGUUGUGGAGCUGACAGACGUUCACUUUUCGCGCAACACUGCUGACGAUGGCGGUGCCCUCUUCCUCGCUGCCGUCAUCGAGCAGAGCUCGUUUGCCUCGCUCAACCGGGUCUCUUUUGCCGACAACGUCGCCCGGCGCGGCUCAGGCGGCGCCAUCUACAUGUCGGGCGCCGGCGCUUCGGCUGUCGUUGCGACGUUCAACAACGUCACACUUGUCCGCAACUCGGCAGUUCUCGACGGCGGCGCCAUUUAUGCCGACGCGUCGUCGGCCGGUGCCAGCAUCAACGUCUCGGUCACCGACUUUAAUGUCGAGUCCAACACAGCCGGGCGCGACGGUGGUGCCAUGACUCUUGCCGCUAGCCAGUCUGGCGCAAGCGUUGACGCUCGCCUCGCGUCAGGCACGAUCAUGUCCAACUCUGCCGAGCGCGGUGGCGGCGGGCUGCGGAUCCGCGGCGAGACCGCUACCGUCGCCGUCGUCGACGUUUCGGUCGCUGACAACGCUGCUGUCGCCUGGGGCGGCGCCUUUGCCACCACCGCCAAGGCCUCGCCCGACGCGCUGCCGGACCUCCCGCUGCCAACCUUGGUGGCGUCGACGUCUGUCUCGGCCCGCGCCUGUGCACAUCGCGACGUCUCAAGCCUCGGCCUUCAGCUCUCGGGCACAACCAGCGUUGAGAACAACAAUGCCGCGUACGGCGGCCUCGCCUUUGUUUGUGAACUUCCGAUGUCAGGUGCAGCGCCUGUUGCUAUGACAGGCAAUGCUGCCGUCGGUCGUGGAAACGCGCUCUUUGUCUGCCCGCCCGCGCCGGGUCUCGCCACCUGUGACGAUGCGCCCAACGCGGUCGCGCCGUGGGUGGCCAUGGCUGGUACCGAUCUGGGCGGCUCCAAGGGUUCACCAGGCGUUGAGCUCGCGUUUGUGCCGUCGGCAGGAAUCGUGGCGCCGGUAGCCGAGCUCAUUUCGGGCGAGGGUUUGACUGGCGUCCAAUUCACUCUCCUCGAUGUCUUUGGCGUGGCAAUCACCGACCGGGCGACGUCGCUCGAGCUCAAGAUCGUCGGUGAUGGUGCGUCGGCGGCCCAGCUCUCGACGACUGCAGCGCUUUUCCUCACCUCGGACGUCAUCUCAUUUGCCAACGUCCUGGUCGAGGGCGCUGCGAAUAUCCUCUCAGCCAACUCGCAGGUGAGCGUCGCGCUCGAGGCCGGGCUCUCGCAGCCGGCUGGCUUUGCCCUCGAUCUGCCCAACUACAAGUGGAACGUGAACGUGUCGCAAUGCCCAGCCGGGCGCGGACGGACCGAUGACGCGCGGCUCUCCAGCUUUGUGCGGUGCGGGCUCUGCCCAGGCAACACAUACUCGGAAGGACCCUCUGUUGCGCCUUGCAUUCCGUGCCCGGUCGGACAGUUUGCGCUUGUCGAAGGGUCGACCUCGUGCACGCUCUGCCCGCCCAACACCGCGGUCCUUGCGUCCGAAUCGGGCAACGUGAGCUUGGCAAUUGCAACCACCGGCGGGGCAUGUGUGUGCGAGCGCGGAUUCUGGGCUCGCAGUGCCACGAUCAUGGUCGAAGCCGGCUGCGUGCCGUGCCCGGCCGGCGCAUCGUGCCGCGGAGGCCUGGCGCUUCCGGUGGCACUCCCGGGCUCGUUCCCCACAGAAGACCCGGGCGUCUUCCUCGAGUGCCCCAACCCGUCGGCAUGUGCAGGCGGCGAGCCUUUCCGCUGCGCCGAAGGCUACACCGGACGGUUCUGUGGCCGCUGCGCUCAAGACUACUUUGUCAUCGGCGAGACAUGCCACAAGUGCCGCGGACAGUCUGGCCCGCUCAUUGCCAUGUUCCUCAUCGGCGCCUUUGUCCUCGUCUGCUUCCUUGUCUGGUUCAACACCCAGCAGCGAUCAGUGUACAAGUUUGCCGCUGUCAUGAUCGGACUCAACUCUUUGCAGAUCUCGGCCAUUUACGGCCGGCUCAACAUGCAGUGGUCCUCGUUUGCAACUGCAUUCCUCGACGGCAUCUCGUUCAUCAACCUCAACCUCGACCUGACCUCGCCCGAGUGCCUGGCCAACACCGACCGCAUCUACUUUGUCAAGUACUUUCUUAUCAUGUCAUCAACAAUUAUCUUUGCGCUCAUCUUUGUUGUCGUAGGCUUCCUCAUUCGCUUCUUGGUCCUGCCGCGCAUCGCCAAGCGGCGGGAAGCGGCGCUGGAAGAGGCCGAGGACGCCAACAUUCUCACGCCGGCGGCCAUCAAGGAUGCGUGCAUUCGUGGCUACUACCAGGCACUCGUCCUGCUUUACCUGCCGUUGACCGCGAUGGCGCUCUCGUUCUUUGCUUGCCGCGAAGACAAGGAGGGCAUGUACCACAUCGAGGACGCGCCGACCAACGCGUGCUAUGACUCGUUCUACUGGAGCAUCUUCCCAGUCGCACUCCUCUUUGUGGCCGCGUACGGCGUCGGGCUCCCGGUCUUUGUCGUCGCACUCCUCCGCUCGAAGCGCUCAUCGCUCGAUCCGUUCCUCUUUGUCCUCAAGUUUGGCUUUCUCGUCGGGCGGUUCAUGGACCAUGCGUGGUGGUACGAGGCUGCCAUUCUCAUCCGCAAGCUCGGCGUCGUCAUGGCCAUCACCAUCUUCGCCCAGGUCUCGGCGCGCGCCGCCAUCACCCGCGGUGUCCUCGGCAUUGCCCUCGCUCAUCUUGCCUUCCUCCAGCCGUACGCGCGCAAGCAGCACAACAUUCUUGCCGUUGUCUGUCUCGCCUCGUGCACAGCGGUCCUCUGGGCAGUUGCCAUCGAGGACGCGCUUGUCCGUGACAUCAUGCUCAUUGUCUCGAUCUCGAUCAAUGUCCUCGCCAUUCUCGGUGGCGUUGCCUACGACUUUGUGGUCCUCCGCCGUGAGGAGGAGUGGGCCGAGAAGGCCGCGCAUGCCACCGGCGUGCUCGGGACUGAGAUGGCGAUGAUAGGGGAGGGCGAGGGCGAGCGCAUGGCCAUCAACGACCAGUUCUUUGUGGCUGCGACGCCGGCCACCACUGUUAUCUCAUCGUCUGAGGCACACACCGCAGUCAUCUCAGACCCGGCGCUCUCGGACCUGGCCAUCACUGAGGCCGCCGCGACUUGGGAGGCCGACUCGGGAACGAACGUAGACAUGUCGUCAUUCAAGCCGCGAGCGCGCAAGUCGAAGCGGGCCAAGGUGCUCGCGCCCGGGAGCCGACCGUCUGUGCUCUCGGGCCAUAUGCUGGUCUCGUCGGGCGCCGACGAGGUGGACGCCGUCCUGGGCGGUGGUCUCGUCCUGGGCUCGAUGGUGGUGGCUGACGAGGUGACGCCACGAGCAACAUCAGCAAGCACGCUGUUGCGGUUGUUUGCCGCCCAGAGCGUGCUGCGUGGCCCCGCUGCCGACGCCCGCCAGCCGCUCUUCCUCGCCUCACCAGCACCCGCCGCUGUCGCUGCCGCCGCCCUCCCUGGCUCGUACACCGCCCUGCCGGACGAGCCGCGGACAGACGGUGCGGGAGGCGGCAAGGUGCGGUCACGCAAAGCCCCACCGGGCGUGAGCGAUGAUGAACUCCGCAUCGCGUGGCAGUACAAGCAGUACGCCCGCGAGGCGGCCGCGUCGGCCACGCCAGCUGGAAGCAGCGCUCGAGCUGGUGAUGGAGGCUUUGUCCACCGCUUUGAUCUCGGAGCUCGUGCCGGAGCUGAGGCAGUGGCCGCUGUUGGAGUCGACGGGUUUGACCUGGAUGGUGCCGACGGCGAUGGCUUGGAGGCGUGCCGGUUGGCUGUAGCAAGCUUCCUCGCACGGUGCAAGACUGAUGGUGUGGUCGGGCGCGUGGCGGUGGUCGGGCUCGGGGACAAGUCGCGGUUGCGGGCGUCGGUGGCGGAGCAGGUGCGGUUUGUGUUUAGCCUGGGUGCGCUCGUCCGAUCGUACGGCUCGGGAGUGGUGUGGGUGAGCGCCGAGCUGGCGCGGCUGGGGCCUUCCGCGAGCGCGCAGGUUGUAGCGACGGCUCGGAUUUAA